AAGAAGGGGUGAAAAGACACGUCCGAAGUGAGGAUCUGAUUGUGACAGCGGCAGCGCGCAUCGCUCGCGCAGCUCCAGCAAACGCGCGAUGGUUUCUGCUGCGAAACUUAAGGUGUUUUGACUCCCGAAUAGAGCGGGAUCUGCGCGUGCUCGCUUGACCAGGAUCUACAGCGGGUCUCAUUAACAGAUUGCACCGGAGCUCGUGAUGCUGGCUGUGUUCGCCGCUCUGUGCGCGCUCCUGGUGCCGCGCGUCCCGGUUGCGGCGGUGAACUGCAGCCAGGUGAAAGACGCCUUUACCGACCUGGGAUACAGUCCUGCAGAUGUUCCCACCGAGGAAACAGCAGGAGAGGAUCUGCGGGUUUGUGUUCCUCAGAAAACCUGCUGUAAUGCAGAGAUGGAGGAGAAGUUCAGUCAGAGAAGCUCACAGGACUUUGAGAAGCUCAUGGACGACGCGAGCGAAGAGCUGAGGGAGACGUUUAUGAGCGGACACAAAAGGUUUGAUGAUUUCUUCCUGGAGUUGCUGGAGAGCACCGAGCGCUCUCUGAACGAGAUGUUUCUGCGCACAUACGGGAAGCUCUACUUGCAGAACGCCGAGGUCUUUCGAAGCCUGUUCGGCGAGCUGAAGCGAUACUACACGGGCACCAGCAUCAAUCUGGAGGAGAUGCUGAACGGUUUCUGGAUGCAUCUGCUGGAGCGCGUGUUCCAGCUGCUGAAUUCCCAGUAUCUCAUCACUGAAGACUAUCUGGAGUGCAUCGGCAAGUACAUGGAAGAGCUCAAGCCCUUUGGACACGUUCCCAAGAAGCUCAGGUCUCAGGUUACCCGAGCGUUCAUCGCCGCCCGCACCUUCGUCCAGGGUCUCACGGUCGGACGGGACGUGGCUAACAGGGUUUCCAAGGUCACCAUGAGCUCUGCGUGCGUCAGCGGCUUCACUAAAAUGCUCUACUGCUCGUACUGUCAGGGUUUGUUCACGCUGAAGCCCUGUAACAGCUACUGUCUGAAUGUGAUGAAGGGCUGCUUGGCCAAUCCGGCCGAUCUGGACCCUGAGUGGAGCAAAUACAUCGAUGCCAUGCUCCUCGUGGCCGAGCGUCUGGAGGGACCCUUCAACAUCGAGUCGGUCCUGGAGCCCAUCGAUGUGAAGAUCUCUGAAGCCAUCAUGAACAUGCAGGAGAACAGCAUGCAGCUCUCCUAUCAAGUUUUCCAGGGUUGUGGCCAGCCGAAUCCUUCAGGAAUGAGCAGAUCGUCCCGCAGCGUCUCUGACUCGUUCAGCGGUCGCUUCAGUCCCGACAGCCCCGAGGAUCUCUCGACUGCAGCGUCUGGUAAGAGCAGAUCAGCGUCAGUGACUGAUGUCAAGGAGAAGCUGGCGAAGGUCAGGAAGUUCUGGACGUCACUUCCUGUAGCGUUCUGUCAGGAGGAACACGUGGCGGCAGCAGAAAGCGCAGAGGACGACUGCUGGAACGGCCGUGACGAGGGCAGAUACGUCCCUGAGGUUCUGAAAGACGGAGUGACCAAUCAAGCGAAUAACCCGGAGGUGGGUGUAGACAUUUCCAGACCGGACACAAUGAUUCGACAGCAGAUCAUGGCUCUCAGGGUGAUGACCAACAAACUCAAGAAUGCAUAUGAUGGCAGUGACAUCUACUUUCAGGACUCAAAUGACGAGAGCAGUGGUUCUGGCGGCGGCAGCGGCUUCACGGAGACGAGCGUCACUGAAUCAAACUCCUUCAUCACUGACGCUCCCAUUCAGGAAGCAGAGAAAACCGAGGAAUCAUCUCCUGCUUGCAUCAUCCGUCCCAACCUCCUGGUGCUGCUGGUCUUCACCGCGCUGGGUCUGAAAGAGCACUGGAGAUGA